AUGGCAACGACACAUGAUUCGGGCGUCAACUAUGGGGCACAGGUUGGGAACAACUAUGGCAUAUUCAACGCGGAAUUUCAUGCCGCUCCAGAGCGACCAGAAACCCCACCCGACCCUUUAUCGACCAUACCAUUCGCGCGCGACCAGGAUUUUGUCAAGCGGGACACACUGCUUCAUCAGAUACGUGAGAAGAACUCGGUGCCAGGAUCGAGGAUAGCUCUGGUCGGGCUCGGCGGUGUAGGAAAAUCACAGCUCGCCAUCGAAUAUUCAUAUCAGAUCCGAUCUGAAUCACCGACGACAUGGGUCUUUUGGAUCCACGCGAGCAAUCAGGCCCGCCUCGAGCAAAGUUUCCGAGACAUCGCAAACCAGGUUAAGAUCUCGGGCCGUCGGGAACCCAAAGCCAACAUAUUCGAACUGGUCGAAAACUGGCUGCGGGAUGAGAAGAAAGGGAAGUGGGUUUGUGUGCUUGAUAAUGCAGAUGACUAUGAAUUCCUCUGUUUGCCCCAAACUGUCGCGAAUCCCGCUCAUGCGAUAGAACCAACGUAUGUCCCAGUGAAGCCACUUCUGGAAUAUAUUCCUAGAGGCCGCAAUGGGUCUGUCAUUAUUACCAGUCGGAGCAGAGAGGUUGUGCUUAAAAUGGUAAAGGAGAAUGACUUAAUUGAGGUUACACCGAUGGAACCGUGCGAGGCGCUAGAGCUUUUCCACAAAAGGCUUGGACGACCAAAAGAAAGCGAAGAGAGUCGUAGACUGGUGGAAGAGCUUGAGUUCAUACCACUCGCGAUCAUCCAGGCGGCUAGCUAUAUAAGAGCGAGAGCCCCUCGCUAUUCGGUAUCACAAUACCUUCAAGACUUCCAAUCAAGUGACCGCGGAGCGACCAAGCUUCUUGAGAGAGAGGCCAAUUGCCUCGACCGGGAUUCAGAAGCCAAGAACUCAAUUCUUGUGACCUGGCAAAUAUCAUUCAACUACCUUCGCUGCAAAAAGACAUCUGCUGCAGACCUACUCUCCCUUAUGUGCUUUUUCGAUCGACAGGAGAUACCAGAGAACCUUCUUCAGGUUGACCCUAAGGCUACCUACACUACUGCUUCCAAUCUCUAUGAAGAAUCCAGCGAUGGAGAGUCAACCGAAUCUGAGCAAGGACCCGAUUUUGAAGAUGAUAUUAUAACAUUGAGGAACUUUUCAUUUAUAUCCCCUAGUGAGACCGGGACUUUCUUCACUAUGCAUCGGCUAGUGCAACUUACUACGCGUGCAUGGCUGAAGUCUCAUAGGCACAUAAAUCUAUGGAGAGAACGAUUUAUCAGCAUAUUAUACCAGGAGUUCCCUACUGGUCAAUAUGAAAAUUGGGGGAAAUGCGGAUGGCUAUUUCCCCACGUUCGAUCAGCGGUGUGUGAACAACCGAAAUCAGAACGGUCUCUAUUACAAUGGGCGGCGCUCCUUUAUAGAGGUGCAUGGUACGCUUUGGAGAGCGGCAGCAUGGUAGACGCGAGGAAUAUGGCAUCCAAGUCAAGAAAGCAGAGGGUGAAAUUGCUAGGAUGGGAGCAUGAAGAAGCUAUUGAAAGCACAGCAAUGCUAGCCGAAGUAUACUCACUCGACGGCGCGUGGGAUGAGGCCGAGCAGCUCCAGAUACCGGUUAUGGAGACUCGCACGACGAAGCUCGGCGUGGACCAUCCCUCCACGCUGACGAGCAUGGCCAACCUCGCGUCGACGUACAGGAAUCAAGGCCGGUGGGAAGAAGCCGAGCAGCUCGAGGUGCAGGUCAUAGAGACUCGUAAGACGAAGCUCGGUGUGGCCCAUCCCUCUACGCUGACGAGCAUGGCCAACCUCGCGUCGACGUUUUGGAAUCAAGGCCGGUGGGAUAAGGCCGAGCAGCUCGAGGUGCAGGUUAUGGAGACAAGUAAGACGAAGCUCGGUGUGGACCAUCCCUUCACGCUGACGAGCAUGGCCAACCUCGCGUCGACGUAUAGGAAUCAAGGCCGGUGGGAAGAAGCCGAGCAGCUCGAGGUGCAGGUCAUAGAGACAAGCAAGACGAAGCUCGGCGUGGAUCAUCCUGAUACGCUGACGAGUAUAGCCAAUCUCGCGUCGACGUACAGGAAUCAAGGCCGGUGGGAAGAGGCCGAGCAGCUCUUUGUCAUAGCCAACCUCGCGUCGACGUUUUGGAAUCAAGGCCGGUGGGAAGAGGCCGAGCAGCUCUUUGUGCAGGUUAUAGAUACUCGUAAGACGAAGCUCGGUGUGGACCAUCCUGACACGCUGACGAGCAUGGCCAACCUCGCGUCGACGUAUAAAAACCAAGGCCGGUGGGAUAAGGCCGAGCAGCUCGAGGUGCAGGUCAUAGAGGCAAGUAAGACGAAGCUCGGUGUGGCCCAUCCCUCCACGCUGACGAGCAUAGCCAACCUCGCGUCGACGUACAUGAACCAAGGCCGGUGGGAAGAGGCCGAGCAGCUCUUUGUGCAGGUCAUAGAGACAAGUAAGACGAAGCUCGGUGUAGCCCAUCCCUCCACGCUGACGAGCAUAGCCAACCUCGCGUCGACGUACAUGAACCAAGGCCGGUGGGAAGAGGCCGAGCAGCUCGAGGUGCAGGUCAUAGAGACUCGUAAGACGAAGCUCGGUGUGGACCAUCCCGACACGUUGACGAGCAUAGCCAACCUCGCGUCGACGUUUUGGAAUCAAGGCCGGUGGGAAGAAGCCGAGCAGCUCUUUGUGCAGGUUAUGGAGACUCGUAAGACGAAGCUCGGUGUGGACCAUCCCUCUACGCUGACGAGCAUGGCCAACCUCGCGUCGACGUUUUGGAAUCAAGGCCGGUGGGAUAAGGCCGAGCAGCUCGAGGUGCAGGUUAUGGAGACAAGUAAGACGAAGCUCGGUGUGGACCAUCCCUUCACGCUGACGAGUAUGGCAAACCUUGCGUUCACACUGAAAUCUUUACGACGUAAUGCCGAUGCUAUCGAAUUACUACAAACCUGUCUACCGAGGCAGGAAGAGAUACUAGGGAUGAAUCACCCGCAGACUCUAUCUAAUUCUGCCACGUUGCUAGAAUGGGAAACAGAGGUGCUGGAUGUUAAUGUUUAA